AGGUUGGGGCGGAGAACCGGGGUGGGGGCCAGCGCUUUAUCUUCCUCCGCAGCCGGGCUGGUGGCGUUGCGGACCCGCGUCGGGACAUCGUUCCGCAGCGACCCUCCCGCGGCUGUCCAACCUACCGCCCGGACCGCCGCCGCUGCCCUCGGGCCGCAGGCAGCUCGAUGGUGGGAGAAGAAAAGAUGUCACUAAGAAACCGGCUGUCAAAAUCUGGUGAAAAUCCUGAGCAAGAUGAAGCGCAGAGAAGUCUCUCGGACACACAGAGAAAUGGUCGCAUUACCAUGAAACAGUUGAUAGCCAAGAAGAGGCAGUUGGCCGCAGAGGCGGAGGAACUGAAGCCACUGUUUCUGAAGGAAGUUGGUUGUCACUUUGAUGACUUUGUGACCAAUCUCAUUGAAAAGUCUGCGUCUCUGGACAAUGGUGGGUGUGCCCUCACAACCUUCUCCAUUCUUGAAGACAUGAAAAACAACCACAGAGCCAAAGAUCUGAGAGCACCUCCAGAACAAGGGAAGAUUUUUAUUUCAAGGCGGUCUCUGUUAGAUGAGCUGUUUGAAGUGGACCACAUCCGAACAAUUUACCACAUGUUCAUUGCGCUCCUCAUCCUCUUUAUCCUCAGCACUCUUGUGGUAGAUUACAUUGAUGAAGGAAGGCUGGUACUUGAGUUCAAUCUCCUGGCCUACGCUUUUGGCAAACUUCCCAUUGUUGUUUGGACGUGGUGGGCCAUGUUCCUGUCUACACUUUCAAUUCCCUAUUUCCUGUUCCAGCGCUGGGCCCAUGGCUACAGCAAGAGUUCUCAUCCACUGAUCUAUUCCCUUGUCCAUGGCUUUUUCUUCUUAGUCUUUCAGCUUGGCAUUCUGGGCUUUGUCCCAACGUAUGUUGUGUUAGCAUACACACUGCCUCCAGCCUCCCGGCUCAUUGUUAUACUUGAACAGAUUCGUUUGGUAAUGAAGGCUCACUCGUUUGUCAGAGAGAAUGUGCCGAGAGUACUGAAUGCAGCCAAGGAGAAAUCAAGCACAGUUCCAGUACCCACAGUCAACCAGUACCUGUACUUCCUGUUUGCUCCUACACUCAUUUACCGUGACAGCUAUCCGAGGACUCCGACUGUAAGAUGGGGUUACGUUGCUAAGCAGUUUUUACAGGUUUUUGGCUGCCUGUUUUAUGUAUACUACAUCUUUGAAAGACUCUGCGCUCCAUUGUUCCGGAAUAUCAAACAGGAGCCCUUCAGCGCUCGUGUUCUGGUCCUGUGUGUAUUUAACUCCAUUUUGCCAGGUGUGCUGGUGCUGUUCCUUUCGUUUUUCGCCUUUUUGCACUGCUGGCUGAACGCCUUCGCUGAGAUGUUACGCUUUGGCGACAGGAUGUUUUAUAAGGACUGGUGGAACUCGACGUCAUACUCCAACUACUACAGGACCUGGAAUGUGGUGGUCCAUGACUGGCUCUACUACUAUGCGUACAAGGACCUCCUCUGGUUUUUCUCGAAGAGGUUCAAAUCUGCUGCCAUGCUGGGUGUCUUCGCCAUGUCAGCUGUGGUGCAUGAGUACGCCCUGGCCGUCUGCUUGAGCUAUUUCUACCCGGUGCUCUUCGUGCUCUUCAUGUUCUUCGGAAUGGCUUUUAACUUCAUUGUCAACGACAGCCGGAAAAGGCCAAUCUGGAACAUCAUGGUAUGGGCUUCUCUUUUCCUGGGCCAGGGAGUCAUUCUGUGCUUUUAUUCUCAAGAAUGGUAUGCCCGCCAGCACUGUCCUCUGAAGAAUCCCACAUUUCUGGAUUAUGUGCGACCGCGUUCCUGGACCUGUCGGUAUGUGUUUUAGAAGCCUCGUCUCUGCUGCCUUCUUGCCAAUGAAGAUAUUCUUCCUGAUUCUGAGCCAGCCGUUGUCAGCAGUUACUGAUCUAUGCCACGUCGUUUGGACACUCCAGCCUUUCCGACGGCUCACCCGAAGCGGGGCUCGGUUCACUCAAUGAUUUUGGGGCGGGGAGGGGUUGGUUUUCUUUUGGGUAGAAAGGAGACCAAUGGCUGAGGUAAUGGCAGAUUUUUUCGGAGUUAUCUCAGCUCAAGCCUUGGUAGUUUUAUCUGUUUAUUUUCUUGAUUCUGUCCAGCCAGAGACUAAACAUAUCUUGGCCAUUAAUUAGCCAAAAACACUCAGGAAGAAAUCAUCCCAGUGCCUCUGGCUUCCAGGUUUUUCAUGUACACUGUUAAGAGGUUAACUAAUUAACUGCAAUUGGGGAGAAAUGAAUUGUGUUAUUUCUAGUAGAAAGAGAGAUAAUAUCGUUAUGCUUUAUGUUCAUAUCUUUGUUGCUAUUCUGUUUUGCUUUGUCUCUGAGCUGGGAAUAGAAUCCAGGGCCUUGCCCAGUGGCAGCACACUGAACCACACCCCAGCCCCAUAUUGUAUUUUUCUGAAAGUUUUGGUCUACUCCUUUUUUUCUUUUUCUGUAUAAGUUAUGUUUUUGUUUUUUUUUUAAAUUAGCGUUCUUUCACCUUGAACUCAAUACUAGUACAAAUUCAAGGGUCAGAAGUAUGAAGGGAAAAAUAGAUUGCCUUUUGAAACUUCAAAAAUCAUUUUAAAACAGUCACUGAGCUGGUCAUAUAUUUUAAUUAUGCUAUCAGAAGAAGAUUUUGUUGUUGUUGGUUUGGUUUUUUAAGAGGCAGGGUCUUGCUAUGUAGCCCAGGCUGGUCUUGAACUUGCUAUGUAGCCUGACUGGCCUUGAACCCCUGACCUCCUGCCCCUGCCUGCCAAGUGCUAGGAUCACAGAAGAUACCACCAUGUCUGGCCAAGAUUUUUUUUUUUUCUUUUCUUUUAACUUUUAAGUUACUUAGAAGUUUUCUUUGGUACAGUUGCUUUAUUGUCAACCAAUUAGUGACCUACCUUGUUAUAGACUAGGGAGUCCAUAAUGGAACUGUUAAUCUCUCUAUCAAUACUAAACUGCUACUAAGGAUCCAGAAGCUGGCUUCUGAAGCAGCUGCUCCAUCAUUAUACUUUAACGGUAUAUUUUUAGACGAAAUAAAUUACUGUGUGAUCAUUUGUAAGGACAUGUACUCAUUACGUGACAUUCCCAAGUUCAGAGGUGCCCGUUCCUUACAGGUGUACUGGGAAGGGCUGCUGUGCUUGUGCGCACGGGUCAGACUGUGUGUGAGGUUUGCACAUUGGAAAGGGUAACGCAGACCUGUAGUUCAACCUCCUGCCCAAAGAAAUGAGCGUAUGAGUUGCUAGCAUGUGUAUUGUUCCAUGGCACAGCCAUUUGAGAGACUUCGCUGGUAUCCUGGCAACUAUCCAUACAGUUUUGCAAAGUCUUUUCAGAGUGAUUUUAAAAAUCAUUUUAAAUCUCACAGGAAGAUAAUGUAGAGUUCCUUAAUAAUCACUUUUAAUUUGGACCACGUGCCUCCAGCUUCAACAUCUGCUUUAUUCACCGUAUCUCUAGAUGCACUCUCUGAAUGUCUGCUCCACCAUCAGCAGACACAGGUUUUUUUCUCUUCCCAAACUGUAUUGUCACAGAAUCAUAAGCCCCUCAAUAAGCCUGCUGUGAAUAGAGCCUAUUAAGUUCUGGCUUGUGUCUUAAAGAUUAAAGUGAGCCAGUCGCUUUUCCGUGUGUGUGUGUGUGUGUGUGUGUGUGUGUGUUCGUGUGUUCGUGUGUUCUUUCCAUUUGUGUGUGUGUGUGUGUGGUCUUUCCAGACAGGAUUUCUCUAUGUAGCCCUGGCUGUCCUGGAACUCACUCUGUCCUCACAGAGAUCCACCUGCUUCUGCCUCACGAGUGCUGGGAUUAAAGGUGUGUGCCACCACCACCCAGCUAAACUAAGUGACUUUUAUGUGUAAUUGCAUUUGGAAUAUAAUGAGGGAACAGAAUGGUCUGAAACUUGGUCAUAAGAGUCUUCUGAAGUAAGGGGUGGGAUUUCAGGAUGCCCCAUUCUGUGAAGUAUUAUGUAUGCAUUUUCAGAAAAGGGUGUUACUCUGUAGCAGUUCUCAGUAUUGCAUUUGUUGGACCAGUCAAGGCUGCUCUUGCCCCUCACCCACUCUUUUUGAGACAAGGUCUUUCUCUGCAGCCCAAGCUGGCAUGUUCCUCACAUCCUCCUGCUUCAGCCUCCUCAGGUGCUGGAGUUUACAAGCAUGUGCUGUCAUACCCAACAAGGCUUUUCAUUGGGGAUUUGUUUUUCACCAAGAUUUCAGCUGAAAAUCAUGUCUGCAAACUGUUUAGAAUUGUAAGAGUGUCUUAAACUUCAAAAGUAGAGAGUCCUUAAGGAAGCAGGGACUCGUGAAAGAAGAGGCUGGCAACCAUGUGACCCAUUGCCGGUUGCCUUAGCAGGAGCCUUUUCUUCAGACCACUACCUGAACUCCUUACAAAUAAAAUAAAACCAAAACCUCUUGCUAAUA